CUCCCUCGUCCUCUUCAUGAACUCGCUGGAGUUCUGCAACGCCGUCAUCCAGGUCGCCCACCCCCUCGUGCAGAAGCAGCUGGUGGACUACGUCCACAACGGGUUCCUUGUGCCUGUCAUGGGGCCGGCGCUGCACAAGACCUCCAUCGAGGAGAUGAUUGCCAGCACAGCCUACCUGGACCUGUUCCUGCGCAGCGUCAGCGAGACGGCCCUGCUGAAAACCUUCCUGCGCUUCGUCCUGCUGCACCGCCAUGACAACAGCACCAUCCUCGACACCCUCGUGGGCCGCAUCAACAGCAACUCCCGG